AUGACUUAUUGUGAACAACUAUUUGUUAUUAUACAGAAUAAAUGUUGUAUUGGCAGUGUUUACAUUCCACCCAGUUCAAGUUCUGAAGUACACGAAGCUCACUUAGCUUUAGAAUACCUACCAGAGGGAGUGCAGUUGACGUUAAGUGAGCUGCGCGAAAUGGCGUGUCAGCAACAAGCGCAGAUUGAAUCGCAGCACCAAUUGCUGGCUGCCAAAGAACAACGGCUGAGGUACCUGAAAGAGCAGGAGGCGCGGCAACAGCGCGUCCAUGCCGAAAGCGAACGCUUGCGCAGAUUGAGGGAUCGGGUCGACGCGCAAGAACUCAAGCUGCGCAAGCUCCGGGCGCUCAGGGGACAAGUCGACCAACACAAGCAGAACAACAUUUCUCUCACAAGUGACCUUGAUUCAAUACGAGCCCUUUUCAAUGAGAAGGAGAAGGAGCUAUCUCUGGCUGUGGCCAAAGUGGAGGAGUUAACUAGACAGUUGGAGGAAUUAAGGAGAGGACGGUCGAACAAAAACUCGCCACCACCUUCUGCCUUAGAAUUGGAUAAACUCCGAAGGGAGCUCAUGGUAAGUGUCAUGCCAAAAGAUUCAGAUUUAUCUUCAGAAAUAUAUCGAAACAAAUUAAACGAGCAACAAAAUCAAAGGCUACACCAGCAACGGGAGGCUUUAACGGCGAGACAGGAAGAGAUGAGUGCAAUCGACAAACGAAUAUCAGAACUUCAAGAGCGACUGCACCGGAAGCGGAUGCUAAAUCAGCAACUAGCCAAUCAGAUAAGCGCCACGUCACACAAAGCGGCGUACCACCAGUUAGUAAGGUUAACUGGAAAUCAAGAUCAGACCAACCAAGCGGCUUUUGCGAGGAAACACCAGCAAAACAAUGAUCGGAAAGGCUUAUCGAGAGGCAACAUUGCUGCUGUCGAGCCCUAUAACCAUAUCCCCGUCCAACCUCAACCUACUCAUCAAAUUAACAAUAUAAAUACUCAUCCUGAUAUUAAGUUACAGAGCACCUAUGACCCUUAUCAACCAGUAUACUAUACGAAGAAGGACCAAGACUCCCCCAAAUCGAACUUCGAGUCCCAAGACGUGGGAAGCAAAAUACCAAACCUGUAUCCUCCCAAAACCGACGAAAAUGAGCUACUCAAAGAUUUCCCGGCGUCGAAAACGGACCCGAAAUAUCAAACGCUUCCUUACAAUACGAAGUUCACGGUGAACCUCAUCAUGAACAACGCGAAUAAGCCGAACAAAGAGGAAAAUCUCAACAACAACGAAGAACAAAUAGACGCUACGAACGAGAAUGUAAUUAUGCACACAGGCCACAUGACUGUACACAGCGCCCCACUAUACAUGGUGAAUAGAAAUAUAGCAACGGCCCUAAAUCAACACGACUUAUUGAAAACGAAUAGUGAGAAUAACAAGGAUAUUGUAGUUAAUGGUAGUGAAGACCAUAGAGAACGAGAACGAGAAAUAACCCCUUCUAGUUCCAGUACUUUGACACCUGCAUAUCAGAAACCCAUAAGCAGCGUUGCACCAACAUCAGUCCACCACACUAGUCUUUUGUCGAACGUGUAUCAAACCAACUCCAUCAAGGUUCAACCUGUUGAACCACAAACGAUAUCUAUAAGCAACACCUCUACUUCUAGCAGCACCUACAACCAUACAACAAGUAAAGUACCGAAACCAGCACUGCCUCCGAAACCGGCGAUCAAACCUCCACCGAGACAAACGCAAGGUUUGAACGAGGACAAUACAAUCGUGGUGCCGCCACCUGUCGUUCCAUUCGGCGAAGCUUUUGAGGACAAGCUGUUGGGCAAGAAGUUGGAAAGUCUUAUUACUAAACCAAUUUCUAUUUCAACAUCUACAACUAUCAGCAAAAGCGAAAUGAUCAUCAAGGCGAAGCCUCUAACGAUAAAGAAACAACCAUUUAGCGAACAACCAAAACUGAGAUCCCAAAUAUCCAUGCAAAACGGCCUAUCCAGCAGACGAAUAGAAUCGCUGCCUUUGAUUAACAAUUUUUCAGAGCUUAAUUUAGACAAACCUCACGUAGAAGACAAAGACGAAACUGACAAAUCGUCCGUUUCCGACGAAGCUGAUCACGAAGAGAAGGGGUACGAUAACGUCAUACGCAGAUGUAAAAAGGGUAAUUUGAAGCAAACUGGUAAACCUAAUCUCUCCAGAAGGGUGAGUUUCGAUCCACUGGCUUUAUUGUUAGACGCAAGUUUGGAAGGCGAGUUGGAGUUGGUGAAGAAGACGGCCACGCAGGUAACAAACCCCAGCGCUGCCAACGACGAAGGAAUCACGGCUCUACACAACGCCAUCUGUGCUGGACAUUUAGAAAUAGUCAAAUUCUUGGUGGAGUUCGGCUGCGACGUCAACGCGCAAGACAGCGAUGGAUGGACGCCUCUACAUUGCGCAGCCAGUUGUAACAACUUGACCAUGGUGAAAUUUUUGGUGGAACAUGGAGCUUGCAUCUUUGCUACGACUCUCAGCGACCAUGAAACUGCAGCAGAAAAAUGCGAGGAAGAUGAAGAGGGAUUCGACGGUUGUUCGGAGUAUUUAUACAGCGUUCAAGAAAAGUUAGGCAUCCUCUCGGGUGGUAUAGUAUACUCUGUAUUCGACUAUACGGCACAACAACCUGACGAAUUGAGUUUUAAAGAAGGAGACCAAAUAACAGUUCUGAGGAAAGGAGAUGAGAACGAACGAGAAUGGUGGUGGUCUCUUUUAGGGGACAGAGAAGGGUACAUUCCACGCAAUUUGCUAGGCCUUUAUCCAAGAGUGCCGAAGAACGAAGACUAGCAGCAGGUGAUACUUGCAAUAUUAAAUACGUUAUUUUGGGUAUAGGAGAACGAAAAUAUUUUAUAUUUUUAGGAGAUUUAAAAAUAUUUUAUAUUUUUGACCUUCUUGUUUAUGAAAAAGGAGAAGGAAAGAGUUUGAUCAGUUAUUAUCAUUUUUACACAAUCUUAUCACUAUUUUUUCAUAUCUCUCUUAUAGUAGAGCUAGAAAUUAUUCAUCGUAACAUCAGAGUGUCGCAAAAAAGUUAUAACUGGAGAAACAAACCAAUUGUUAAUUUAAGGUGGUAACACUGGGGCUGUGCAUCUCACAUUGGACAACCUUUGAGUACAAAUUUAUUAUUUUAUUGACAAAUAUAGUAUCUAAAUCAUUAUCAGUUUAUUUACUUUUUUGUAUUGUGUACCCACUUUCAAUUUUAAAUGAUAUUUUUUAUUAGUAAAUACAGAAACGCUUCUAAAAUUCGUCAUCGACUACUUUAAACGUUUCUGUAUUGGUAGGACUGCUUAUCUAGGUCAUAGGCAACGAUUUACAGGCCAUACUUACCUGUCAUGAUUCUGUUUGAAUUUAAGAUUACACUAAGUUGUAUUAUGGAAUCUUUAAUUUCAAUCAAAAAUGUUGACUUCUAUUCCGAAAUGACGUUGGUAGUGAAUUGUUAAUAAUAGAGAAUCCAAAACUGGACCUUAAUGAAGCCAAGUUUAAUGUUAUGUAAUUUGUUUAUAAUGUUUAUGUAAGUUUUUUUAUUGAUUAUUAUCCUUAUUUACAUGUAAUUUGUUCCAAAAAUAAUGAAAUGUUACAUGAAAUUUUACAACUAAUUAAUAAGAAGUCCAAUUUGAAAUGGAAAGUCCCUAAUACAUUCUGUAAGUUUUAUGUAUAGGUAUAAAAUUUUUCAGAAGGGCUUCAUUCACAGUUGAUAAAUAAGCAUCCUGUAUCUAUUAUUUGCAGUAAGUAAUUGAAGUACAAGCGAUGUUUUAAAAAUACAUAGUACUUUUCUUACUAAUUCCGACCUACGUCAUCGAAAAUCUGCAGCAUCAAAUCAAUCUGACAUGGUAGGUUUAUGUUUUGAAUAAUUAUUUUCUAAUGCAUGCAAAGUAAAUAUUAAAAUUAAUCACUUUCUAUCUAUAAGUUGGAAAUACCACUAUUGUGAUCAACAAGUGAAUUACGAGCUUCAAAGGCAUUUGUUCAUGUAGCCUUGUACAUAUUGAAUUAAUAUUUAAAAAAUAACGAAUAAAAAUUCAGUUUUGACUACCAUACGUUCAUCAUUAUAACAGAAGUAGAAAGUGCAGAGUACAACUUGUCGAAAUAUGCAACUUGGUAAAAAUUAUUUAGAUACAGAGACAACCCCCAAUAUAAAAUUACUGUUUUUGUGUACCAAAUUGUCAAAGUACAAGUAUCUGACAAAAAAUAUCAAAACUGGAGUGUUGCGCUACAACAGACUUAUGCAUAUAACAUAACAUGCACAUAACACUUCAGUAAAGAACUGUAAGUUGCAUACAUUUGGCGAAACUCAGUAAGCUAACCCAAACAAUUAAUUUAAAAAGGUCUUAAAUCAUUCUUAAAUAUAAUUGUUUUAAUUGAAUGUACUUAUUGUGUUACUAAACUAAUACAUUUAGAAUAAAACUUGUUAUUAAUUCAACUCCAAUCUGUUAAAGCAGUAAUUUUAUAUAAUAUACAAUUUUUGAAAGAACAUCAAUAAGAUACAAACGCUUAAAAGUGAGCACAGUUUAGGCAUUAAUUAUUGUCCUGUCAGAAGUCUGCUCAUGUAAAAAGCUUUGACUUUUUUUAUUUUUAAAAAAGUUGCUUGCUUUCUAUGAAUAUUAAAGAAAACUAAUUGUUGAAUGACCUCUCAAGACUCAAAAUCAAAUUGUUCUCAUGUAGCGCCAUCUAUUGAGGCCUAGAAAAAUAUCAAACUAUAUUAAUUUUAUUGCCAAAACAAUUCAACAGAACCUAUCUGUUGUCGAGUAAUUUGUGUAAGUAUAUAAAUGGUUCUAAGUAAUUAAUUAAAGUGUGUUGAAAUUAUUAUUUAAUUCGAUAGAUUUCAUGGUUCUAUGAUUUAAUAUAGGUAUUGAUUACGUAGGAAGGAAUUGGUAAGAAAAGAGGCAUAUUUUUGCGACACUCUACACAUCAAAUUAACUCAAAACGAAAUUAUAUAUUAUAUAUACAUC